AUGGCCCUGGCGGCCUCCCUGGCGCAGCUGCACGCGGAGGCCAGCUGCCCCAUCUGCCUGGACUGCCUGACGGACCCGGUGACCACGGGCUGUGGGCACAACUUCUGUCACGCCUGCCUCCAGCAGCGCUGGGAGGGGCUCCGGGACCUCUUCCCCUGCCCGCUCUGCCUGCAGCCCUGCCCUGAGCGCAGCUGCAGGAGGAACAGCCAGUUAAGCCACCUGGCUGACGCUGUGAGGCAGCUUCCCAGCACGAGGGCCAAGAGGGGCCGGCAGGGGGAGGCCCCCCUGUGUGAGAAGCACAGUCAGGCCCUGAGCCUGUUCUGUGAGGAGGACCUGGAGCUGCUGUGUCCCCAGUGCAGGCUCUCCUCUGAGCACCGCCACCACCCCCUAGUGCCCGUGGAGCAAGCUGCAGUGUGUCACAGGAGGAGGCUCAAGGGCUACCUGGAGCCCCUGACAAAGCAGCUGGAAGCUGCUGAAAAGGGCUUAGAAAUGCAAGUCUCCAAGUCAUUUGAGUUGGUGUCCAACAUGGAGAAUCAAAGGAGCAAACUGCACUCUGAAGUUGAACACUUUAAGCGUUUCUUGGGAACAGAGCAUGACGAAAUUCAUGUUAAGCUGCUAAAUGAAGAAAAGAGUGUUGUAGAUAAAAUAACUGGGAAAAAAAUCCAAAUAUCAGACCACGGAUCCACGUUGAAAAGUCUGCUUUAUGAAAUAACCAACAAGUGUUCCCAGACUGACCUGGAUUUACUCACAGGCAUUGAAAGAAUCCACAGAAGCUAUGAAAAUUUAGAGAGCCCAGCAGCCUUUUGGUCUGAAGUGAAGAAGGAGGUUUUCACUCUCCCCCCACAGUAUUUUGGCUUGCACAAAAUGAUCAGCACCUUUCAGGUCCAUUUGACACUGGAGCCUGAAACUGCUCACCACAGCCUCCAAAUUUCACAAGAUCGGAAAACUGCAACUUUUCGAUGGAUGGAACCAAACUGUGUUCAUCCUCCCCAAGUGUUUACUUCUUACCCCGCUGUCCUGAGUUCAGAGGGUUUUGAUGCUGGCAGGCAUUUUUGGCAGACCUUCUUCUAA